AUGGGGGGCUGCAGCAGCACCUGUCCAAAGAUCACUAUCGUUCCACCUUUUUUGAAGAGCAGCACAACCGCACUGAUUGAUCAGAAUGUAUCUGAUGAAGAGGCUCAGGGAAUAAAUGGAAAAACGCCAGCAAAACACUCAGCUGCAAGUCCAAAGCCACAAGUGCCUCCAAAGCCAUUACAUCUGCAGCACUCACCUUUGUCCAGUAUACACCCAGCCCCUAAGCAUAAAGCUUUAUCUAGUACAGCACCCAGGAUGGAGGAAGUUAAACCUGCCUCUGCUUCUUGUGUCUCAAAAGAAAAAUCCAGUAAAAUAUCAGAUCUCAUCAGUCGCUUUGAAGGAGGCAGCACAUUAUCAAGUUACGGCGACUUGAAGAAAAAUUCAGCUGUGAACCUAAACGCUCCUAGAACCGCGGGAAGGCAUGGAUUGACAACCGCACCUCAGCAAAAGCUCCCCUCCCGGCACCUACCGCAGAAGCGGGGAAAUGAUCUAGAGCCAUCUCAGGGUGUACACACUUGCGUGGCUAACGGUGUGAUGGAGGCACAGAACCAGGUGGAAUGCAAGGAGGAUAAAGUGGCCGCUGGUAUCCCAGAUGCUCCUGUACAAACUGCUGAACCCUUGCUGGACAGGAACUUAGUGAAUGGAGCAGGAGGCGAGAGCACCUCGGGCCCCGCCUCACCCACAGCAAAUGACUGCGAGGGAAAUGCUUCUGACAGCAGCUGCAGGACUCCCAGUGUGGGCCCAGCCCUCCCCCUGGACGAAGACAAGGCAGACUCAGACGCCACGACUCAAGAGAAGGAAAACGGAGAAAGCCCUUCGGAACUGGACCAGCUGGACCAGCACCAGGAGAUGAAGGAGACAAAUGAGCAAAAACUUCACAACAUAGCCAAUGAACUUUUGCUUACAGAAAGAGCUUACGUCAACCGACUGGACCUCUUAGAUCAGGUAUUUUAUUGCAAACUAUUAGAAGAGGCCAAUCGAGGCUCAUUUCCAGCAGAGAUGGUGAAUAAAAUCUUUUCUAAUAUUUCAUCAAUAAAUGCCUUCCAUAGUAAAUUCCUAUUGCCAGAACUGGAGAAACGAAUGCAAGAAUGGGAAACUACCCCUAGAAUUGGUGACAUCCUCCAGAAAUUGGCACCAUUCCUUAAGAUGUAUGGAGAAUAUGUGAAAGGAUUUGAUAACGCAGUGGAAUUGGUUAAAAACAUGACAGAGCGUAUUCCCCAGUUCAAAUCAGUAGUUGAAGAAAUUCAGAAACAGAAGGUCUGUGGGAACUUGACCUUGCAGCACCACAUGCUGGAGCCCGUUCAGCGGAUCCCUCGGUAUGAGAUGCUCCUGAAGGACUACCUGCGGAAAUUGCCCCCUGACUCUCCAGACUGGAAUGAUGCAAAAAAAUCACUGGAAAUUAUAUCUACAGCAGCAAGCCAUUCCAAUAGUGCAAUAAGAAAAAUGGAUAACCUGAAGAAACUCUUAGAGAUUUAUGAAAUGCUGGGAGAAGAGGAAGACAUUGUAAAUCCUUCCAAUGAACUAAUAAAGGAAGGACAGAUCCUUAAACUAGCUGCUCGAAACACAUCAGCACAGGAACGCUACCUUUUGUUGUUCAACAACAUGUUGCUGUACUGUGUGCCAAAAUUCAGCUUGGUAGGCUCCAAGUUCACAGUUCGAACCAGGGUCGGUCUAGAUGGCAUGCAGAUUGUGGAGACUCACAAUGAGGAAUAUCCGCACACUUUCCAGGUAUCUGGGAAAGAGAGAACAUUGGAAUUGCAAGCCAGUUCUGAACAAGAUAAAGAAGAAUGGAUCAAGGCCCUUCAAGAGACUAUCGAUGCUUUCCAUCAGAGGUAUGAAACCUUCAGAAAUGCGAUUGCAAAGGAUAAUGACAUACAGUCAGAGGUUUCCACUGCUGAGCUAGGGAAAAGAGCCCCGAGAUGGAUCCGAGAUAAUGAAGUAACAAUGUGUAUGAAAUGCAAAGAGCCUUUCAACGCACUGACCAGGAGAAGGCAUCAUUGUCGAGCAUGUGGACAUGUGGUUUGUUGGAAGUGUUCUGAUUACAAAGCUCAACUGGAGUAUGAUGGUGGCAAAUUGAGCAAAGUUUGUAAAGACUGUUACCUAAUAAUAAGUGGAUUCGCAGACAGUGAAGAAAAGAAAAAAAAAGGGAUUUUAGAGAUUGAAUCAGCAGAAGUAUCUGGAAACAGUGUGGUAUGCAGCUUUCUUCAGUACAUGGAGAAGUCAAAACCUUGGCAGAAAGCUUGGUGUGUGAUCCCCAAACAAGACCCUCUGGUGCUGUACAUGUACGGUGCCCCUCAGGAUGUCAGAGCCCAGGCCACCAUUCCACUCCUGGGCUAUAUUGUGGAUGACAUGCCAAGGAGUGCAGACCUGCCACACAGUUUCAAACUGACCCAGUCCAAGUCUGUGCACAGCUUUGCUGCAGAUAGUGAGGAACUGAAACAGAAGUGGCUGAAAAUCAUCUUUCUAGCUGUCACAGGUGAGACACCUGAUGGUUCUAACAACCAUUCGGCUAUCUUGGACGACAACCUUGAACCUAAAUAA